UCGGCUGGCGGGGCGCCUGGUAUGAACUUAGUCGGUGGCAACAGCAGCGGCAGCAGCAUUGAAGGCAGCGGCGGCGGCGGCAUGAGCUCGGUGAGCUGCGGCAACGGGAAACUCCGCCAGUGGCUGAUCGAGCAGAUCGACAGCGCCAAAUACCCGGGCUUGAUAUGGGAGAACGAGGAGAAGAGCAUCUUCCGCAUCCCCUGGAAGCACGCGGGCAAACAGGACUACAACCGCGAGGAAGACGCCGCGCUCUUCAAG